AUGUCUCCAGUUCUCUUCUUGCCUUUGUUGGCUGAGGGCAUGAGGCGAUUUAUAACAGAUGAAUACACAAGGUCUAAAAUAUAUGGUUGCUCGUUACCUUCUAAGAUUUGGCCUUUUGAGUGGGGGGCUGUUGUUGCCUACAACGGAGAUGAGGUCCAGACAGCAGCCAUAGGUGGUUUGAGAUUUGGCAGAGCUGCAGUUGCGGUGGUGAAAAUUGUGGCCGAUUACCGAAACACACUCUACUCGGGAACAAUAACACCAGAGUCACCUGAAUAUGCUGAAGUAAAAUCACAGACACAUUUGCGUGCAGCUAACCGGUUGCUGGAUCUUUGUUGUGCUAAUGGUGGAGCUUUUGUGAAGGUGGGUCAACAUAUUGGUUCACUAGAGUAUCUGCUGCCAACAGAAUAUGUGGAGACAAUGAAAGUCCUUCACUCUAGUGCUCCAAAGUCACCACUUGAAAAUGUCUAUCAAGUUUUACGGGAAGAAUUAAAAUGUGAGCCUAAAGAAUUAUUUGUUGAAUUUGACCCCAACCCCUUAGGAGCAGCUUCCCUGGCCCAAGUUCACAGAGCGAAGUUAACCGAUGGGGAAGUAGCUGUUAAAGUGCAACACCCAAGUGUCAAGGCACAUGCUGAUAUUGACAUGAAGGGAAUGGAGUUACUUGUCAAUGUAGUUGCCCAAAUCUUCCCUGACUUCAGUUUUAAGUGGCUGGUGGAAGAAAUGAAGAAGAAUUUGCCCAAAGAGCUUGACUUCUGUUAUGAAGCAAGAAAUGCUGAGGAAGUAGCCAGACAAUUUUAUCACUUCCCAUGGCUGAAGAUUCCUAGUAUAGACUGGAACUUAACAACAUCACGAGUUCUGGUUAUGGAGUUCUGUCAAGGGGGUCAAGUCAAUGACCGUAAUUACAUGACAGAGCACGGCAUCAAUACCAGAGAAGUCUCAGAAAAGAUCAGCAAACUGUACUCUGAAAUGAUCUUUGUAAAUGGUUACGUACACUGCGACCCUCAUCCUGGCAAUGUGCUGGUGAAGAAAAAUGGAAACUCAGCGGAAAUUGUUCUCCUGGAUCAUGGUCUUUAUACAAAUUUAACCAAUGACUUUAGAGUAACAUACAGUAAAUUCUGGUUAAGCAUUUUGAAUGCAGACCUGAAGGAAGUACAAAAAUACGGAGAGCAACUUGGUGUCGGAGAACUGUUUGGGUUGUGCUGCAUGGUCACUGCUCGCUCAUGGGACUCUAUAUCCAGAGGGAUUGACAAAAAGGAGAGGUCUUCAGAUGAGCAAGAUGAGAUUAAGGCAGAUGCAGCUAAAUACUUGCCAGAAAUAUCAGCCGUGUUGAAUCGAGUCCCACGACAGAUGCUGCUCAUCUUCAAGACAAAUGAUUUACUAAGGGGCAUUGAAUUUUCCCUCAAUACUCAAGAAAGCAUGACAUCAUUCAUAACCAUGUCACGUUGCUGCAUCAGGUCACUCUUCGAACAGCAGAGACUAUCAUGCAAGUCCUUCCUAUGCAAGAGUAAAAUCACCAUUGCGGAGACUUGGGCCCAAUUUCGGAUCUCGGUGUACACUAUUUAUUUAUGGUACUUGCAUUCAAGACUUGGUAAAUAUCUUCAUAAUGUGUAAGUGGGUUGUACAUUGAUUGAUAAUGUAUACUCCGGUCAUCAUUGUUAUUGCUGCGUAGAUAUUUUAUUACUGCUCAAAAAUUAUGUCUGUUGGUUUGGUUUUAAGUAUUUUUUAGUAUUUUUUAGUAUUUAUUUAUAAAAGCAAAUGGUGCAUUUAUAGUUUUAUGUAUGUACAGAUCUUUAUAUAUAUAUAUAUGCUGUAAUAUAUUGGUCUGAAUUAAAGUAAUAAUGUUGGUAGAACUGUUUUCUGUAUCAUUUGUGAAGAGAAAUAUAUAUUUUAUGUAUACUGAAUUACACCGCUAAAUUACCAUAUUAAGUAUGAUUACAACUAGUGAAUUGGUUCCAUUACAAAUAAUCUUAAUUAACUGAGAGCAACACAAGUAAUAAUUUUGUCAUUUAAUCUCAAAGCAGAGGUUAAGCCAUCCACAAGUAGAAAAAAAAGUAAUAAAUAAAAGUUAUUGGAUGUUAUUUACCGAAUCACAUAAUGUUGGUAUCAUAAAAAUAUCCAGAAUUUAGUUGUUGAUUUUUGCUUCUUCGAUCAUCUAUAUCUACCAAUUUUUGGUUAUUUAAUGAAAAUUUUCUGCCACGUCAACAUGUAAGGGCAUUAGCGGCAUAUUCAAAAUAUAAGUAAAGGGUGACACAUGUGGUUAAGCCCCUGUAUAAGGAAGUUUUUUUGGUUCAUAAGGUGAUGUUUGUGGAGUCCAGAAUGGUUAAAGGUC